AUGCCCCCGGAAGGCGCAGCAGCGCAUGGGGCGCCCGGAGGCGGCGACCGCCUCAGCGGCCUCCCCGACCGGGUCCUCCUCCGGGUCCUGUCGCACCUCAAGGCGUGGGAGGCGGUGCGCACGUGCGUGCUCUCCAGGCGGUGGCGCAACCUGUGGGCUUCCGCGAGCGGCCUCGACAUCCGCCAGCCGUGCGGCUGCCACGGCGCCGCAGCCGACGACAUGCUCCAGCCGGAGGCGUUCGCCACGUUCGUCAAGAACCUGCUGCUCCGGCGGCGGCCUUUUGCACCGCUGGACUCGCUCCGCCUUUGCUGGAGCCACGAGGACCCCGACGGCGACGCCAACUUCUGGAUCGCCUACGCCGUCAGGCACGGCGCGGAGGAGAUCGAGCUCUCCGGGGAGCAUCACCACGUGAACCCGACGCCGGAGUACACGAGCUUCAUUUACCCUGAGUGCUCCGGCCUUGGUUAUUGCAACCUUAGGAUCUUGAAGCUCUCGCGUGUCAAGAUGGAUGACACCACCCUCAGACAGCUCUGUUCUAGGUGCACUUCUUUGGAAGAGCUAGAGCUUAAUGAUUGGUUCAUGCUCCGAACUUGGUCUUGCUGCGCUGCAUCGAACCUUUUCAGCAUUUUCCUCUGA